CCCUCGCUCCCUAUUGCUCCCGCCCCCCCUCGUUGCAGAGCGCUGGCUGGCUAAGUCCCUCCCGCGCCGGCUCUUGUCCCACUAGGAGCAGCUCAGUGCCGCGGGGACAGGGCGAAGCGGUCUGCGCCCACGGAGCGCACGUCUCUGUUCGCAACGCAGCGCCACCCUUGCCCCCCUCGGCUGCCCACUCCAGACGUCCAGCGGCUCCGCGCGCGCACGAUGCCCUCGGCCACCAGCCACAGCGGAAGCGGCAGCAAAUCGUCCGGACCGCCGCCGCCGUCCGGUCCCUCCGGGAGUGAGGCGGCGGCCGGGGCAGCUGCGCCGGCUUCUCAGCAUCCGGCAACCGGCACCGGCGCCGUCCAGACUGAGGCCAUGAAGCAGAUUCUCGGCGUAAUCGACAAGAAACUUCGGAACCUGGAGAAGAAAAAGGGUAAACUUGAUGAUUACCAGGAACGAAUGAAUAAAGGGGAAAGGCUCAAUCAAGACCAGCUGGAUGCCGUAUCUAAGUACCAGGAAGUCACAAAUAAUUUGGAGUUUGCAAAGGAAUUACAGAGGAGUUUUAUGGCAUUAAGUCAAGAUAUUCAGAAAACAAUAAAGAAGACAGCACGUCGGGAACAGCUUAUGAGAGAAGAAGCAGAACAGAAGCGCUUAAAAACUGUACUUGAGUUACAGUAUGUAUUGGAUAAGCUGGGAGAUGAUGAUGUGAGAACAGAUCUGAAACAAGGUUUGAGUGGAGUGCCAAUAUUGUCUGAGGAGGAGUUGUCAUUGUUGGAUGAGUUCUACAAGCUUGUAGAUCCUGAGCGUGACAUGAGUUUAAGGUUAAAUGAGCAGUAUGAACAUGCCUCAAUUCACUUGUGGGAUUUGCUGGAAGGGAAAGAAAAGCCUGUGUGUGGAACAACCUAUAAAGCUCUAAAGGAAAUUGUUGAGCGUGUUUUUCAGUCAAACUACUUUGAUAGCACUCACAAUCAUCAAAAUGGGUUGUGUGAGGAGGAAGAGGCGGCUUCAGCACCCACAGUGGAGGACCAGGUAGCUGAAGCUGAACCUGAGCCAGUGGAAGAAUACACAGAGCAAAGUGAGGUUGAAUCAACAGAGUAUGUCAAUAGGCAGUUCAUGGCAGAAACACAGUUCAGCAGUGGUGAGAAGGAGCAAGUGGAUGAGUGGGCAGUUGAAACCGUUGAGGUUGUAAACUCACUCCAGCAGCAACCUCAGGCUGCGUCCCCUUCAGUACCAGAGCCCCACUCUUUGACUCCAGUGGCUCAGUCAGAUCCACUUGUGAGAAGGCAGCGUGUACAAGAUCUUAUGGCACAAAUGCAAGGGCCCUAUAAUUUCAUACAGGAUUCAAUGUUGGAUUUUGAAAAUCAGACGCUUGAUCCUGCCAUUGUAUCAGCACAACCUAUGAACCCUACCCAGAACAUGGAUAUGCCUCAGCUGGUUUGCCCUCAGGUUCAUUCUGAAUCUAGACUUGCCCAAUCUAAUCAAGUUCCUGUACAACCAGAAGCCACACAGGUUCCUUUGGUUUCAUCUACAAGUGAGGGGUAUACAGCAUCGCAGCCCUUGUACCAGCCGUCUCAUGCUACAGAGCAGCGGCCGCAGAAAGAGCCAAUGGAUCAGAUUCAGGCAACAAUAUCUUUAAAUACAGACCAGACUACAGCAUCCUCAUCCCUUCCUGCUGCUUCUCAGCCUCAAGUGUUCCAGGCUGGGACAAGUAAACCUUUGCACAGCAGUGGAAUCAAUGUAAAUGCAGCUCCAUUCCAAUCCAUGCAAACGGUGUUCAAUAUGAAUGCUCCAGUUCCUCCUGUUAAUGAACCAGAAACUUUAAAACAACAGAGUCAGUACCAGGCCAGUUAUAACCAGAGUUUUUCCAGUCAGCCUCACCAAGUGGAACAAACAGAGCUUCAACAAGACCAGCUGCAAACGGUGGUUGGCACUUACCAUGGAUCCCAGGACCAGCCUCAUCAAGUGCCUGGUAACCACCAGCAACCCCCACAGCAGAACACUGGCUUUCCACGUAGCAGUCAGCCUUAUUACAACAGUCGUGGGGUAUCUCGAGGAGGGUCUCGUGGUGCCAGAGGCUUGAUGAAUGGAUACAGGGGCCCUGCCAAUGGAUUUAGAGGAGGAUAUGAUGGUUACCGCCCUUCAUUCUCGAACACUCCAAACAGUGGUUAUACACAGUCUCAGUUCAGUGCUCCCCGGGACUACUCUGGGUACCAGCGGGAUGGAUAUCAGCAGAAUUUCAAGCGAGGCUCUGGGCAGAGUGGACCACGGGGAGCCCCACGAGGUCGUGGAGGGCCCCCAAGACCCAACAGAGGGAUGCCGCAAAUGAACACUCAGCAAGUGAAUUAAUGUGAUACACAGGAUUAUGUUUAAUCGCCAAAAACACACUGGCCAGUGUACCAUAAUAUGUUACCAGAAGAGUUAUUAUCUAUUUGUUCUCCCUUCAGGAAACUUAUUGUAAAGGGACUGUUUUCAUCCCAUAAAGACAGGACUGCAAUUGUCAGCUUUACAUUACCUGGAUAUGGAAGGAAACUAUUUUUAUUCUGCAUGUUCUGUCCUAAGCGUCAUCUUGAGCCUUGCACACAAUACAAUACUCAGAUUCCUCACCCUUGCUUAGGAGUAAAACAUUAUAUACUUAUGGGGUGAUAAUAUCUCCAUAGUUAGUUGAAGUGGCUUGGAAAAAAAAAUGCAAGACUGACUUUUUGACCUUGGAUAAAAUCUACAAUCAGCCCUAGAAUUAUUCAGUGGUAAUUGACAAAGUUAAAGCAUUUUCUUUGAAAGGAAGAUGGAAGGAGUGGAGUGUGGUUUAGCAAAACUGCAUUUCAUAGCUUUUCCCAUUAAAUUGGAGCAACGACAGAUUAAUAGCAUACCAAAUUAUGCAUGGGUCCUUACUCACACAACUGAGGCUGGCUACCAGCCUUGACAUAGCACUCACUAGUCUUCUGGCCAAACGACUGUGAUUAAAACACACGUAAAUUGCUCUUUAGUAGUGGAUACUGUGUAAGACAAAGCCAAAUUGCAAAUCAGGCUUUGAUUGGCUCUUCUGGAAAAUCUGCAUCAAAUAUGGGGGAUAAUCUGGAUGGGCUGCUGCUGUGCUCAAUGUGAACUAUUUAGAUACCUUUGGAACACUUUAACAGUUUCUCUGAACAAUGACUUACAUGGGGAUUGGUCCUGUUUGUCAUUCCUCACCAUAAUUGCAUUGUCAUCACUAAUCCUUGGAUCUUGCUGUAUUGUUACUCAAAUUGGUAAUAGGUACUGAUGGAAAUCGCUAAUGGAUGGAUAAUCAUAACACUUUUGGUCACAUGUUUUCUCCUGCAGCCUGAAAGUUCUUAAAGAAAAAUAUCAAAUGCCUGCUGCUACCACCCUUUUAAAUUGCUAUCUUUAGAAAAGCACCAGUAUGUGUUUUAGAUUCAUUUCCCUGUUUUAGGGAAAUGACAGGCAGUAGUUUCAGUUCUGAUGGUAUAAGCAAAACAAAUAAAACCUGUUUCUAAAAGUUGUAUCUUGAAACACUGGUGUUCAACAGCUAGCAGCUAAAGUAAUUCAACCCAUGCAUUGCUAGUGUCACAGACUUUGGUUAUGUCUUAGUAGCGGUUUCUGAAGUAUUUUCAUUUAUCUUUUGUCUAAUUUAACCCUGAUUGAAUUCUCUCCUUUUCUCAAGGAGACACUUAUGUUCAAAGUGUUGAUUCUUUGCCCUAGUUGCAUAGAGAGUAUACAGUUUGGAGAUGGAAAGGUUAGCAGUGACUUAGCCAUAUGUUCUGUGUUGGAAUUUGUGCUAGCAGUUUGAGCACUAGCUCUGCGUGCCUAUGAACUGAAUGCUGCUUGUCCCAUUCCAUUUUAUGUCAUGGAGAAAUAAUUCCACUUGGUAACACAAAGGCUAAGUUAAUGUUAUUUUCUGUACAGAAAUUAAAUUUUACUUUUAGCCUUUUGUAAACUUUUUUUUUUUCCAAGCCAGUAAUCAGCUACUCAAAACAACAAUUAUCCUCAGAUAUUCAUCAUUAGACAACUGGAGUUUUUGCUGGUUUUGUAGCCUACUAAAACUGCUGAGGCUGUUGAACAUUCCACAUUCAAAAGUUUUGUAGGGUGGUGGAUAAUGGGGAAGCUUCAAUGUUUAUUUUAAAAUAAAUAAAAUAAGUUCUUGACUUUU